UUGAAGGCAAAGCUCUCACAAGGUCUCAAAGCCAAAGCCUCUGUCCUGUCCGUCAAAGGUCGCCAUAGUGAAAGGAUAAAACUCUCUUUUUCCCUCUGAUUAUCGAUCGAAAGAGAGAUGGACGAUAUUAAACCAUUGAUUGAAAUUUCGAGAUCCAAAUUAAAACAAGCUUCGAUUCUAUGGGCGGAGGGUUUCAGAGAAGCUUGUUGUAUUAACAGAGUUUUCGUUCUUUGCUACAGGUCGAAGAAGCUUUUGAUUAGAACCGGACAGUGUUUCCUUUUAAAUGGAUUCAUUUUCUUAGGAAGUUUGUUUGUCUUGCAUUCGGCUGUUAUCCCAAUACUACAAUGGAUAUUGCCUGAUCAUUACACGCAGGCCGGUUGUGAAGAAAUGUCUGAAUUCCAUGGUGUCUUCAGAUUUUAUUCCUUCUUACGUGGCUUCCUCAUACAGCUGUUUUAUGUAUUUUGGUUCUAUCCCUUGUACGUCUUCAGCUUUAUUCUGAGCAAUCUCUGGUACAAUGACAUUGCUACUCAUGGUUUUGCUGCAAUGGGGAGAUCCGGGCCUUCUGUGGUGGAAUCCCCAAAACAAAAUGAUAAAUUGACCUCGGACAAUAAAGCAAAUGCAGCAAGGCCGGCUGGCCUUGGAGGGAUCAUGAUCGGAAUUGGGGAGCAGGUAUAUUCGGUGCUUCUUCUGACUUUGUUUUUCUUAGAGGUUUAUGCCACGGGAUUUAUACCCUAUAUCGGGAAGGCACUCAAUUUCAUACUUCUUUCUUGGAUGUAUGCUUAUUACUGUUUCGAGUACAAAUGGAACUUUACGGAAUGGGGUCUGGAAAAGAGACUGGACUUCUUCGAAACUAAUUGGGCGUUCUUUGCUGGUUUUGGAAGUCCUUGUGUUCUGGCAAUUUUCUUUUUCUCACCUCUUGUCGGCUACGGUCUUAUGGCCAUACUCUUCCCUCUGUUUGUUCUUACUGCAACAGGCACAGAGGCCGAGCGAGUUAUUUCCACUCGAAGAAGAGGAUUUAGUGGUGCCGAGCUGGGGAAGCUUCCGAUAUUUUAUGCAGCGGAUACUUUACUGAUGCGAGUCUUGUCCCUCUUCCCGUUGGAAUCCCAAGAACAAAUGCAAGACAAUAAAACGCUAUAACAGAUACUGUCCUACUUUCUCACAGCUUCUCAACAGGUUGUGAAUGACUGGCAGUUGGUUUAAAAUUUUCAUCCAAGAAUCUUCACGACAGCGCCAUGGCCGUUGGGAAUUCGUUUUCGUAUAAGUGUUGUGUACAUAAAAAUGCAGAAAUUAAAAGUGUAAGAGCAUAUACUGUCACUGAUUUCUGUCCCUUUACGAGAUUAUCAGAAAUGUGUGUAGUUUGGUGUUAUUAACUUAUAAAUGAAAAUGAUAAU